CUCAUUUAUUACUGGACGGAGGAAGUAUUUUCAUGUACGUUCGUAUGUACGGUUCCUAUUCUUAGUACGUAGUAGUUGUUGUUGUUAGGAUUUGGAUGGUCGAUGGUGGUACUAGAAACAAGAAAUACCGGCAGGGCUACGGGUCAACAGUAAAAAGAAGUGCGUGGACAUACCUUCCUCUUCUUCCUCACGGCGAAAGCUAAGCGUCACAAAACACACCUCUUUGGAACGUACGUACGUAUGCAGGUGUACAAAGUACUACUGAACCCACACGUGUCAAUGUCAGUGCCGAACGGUUUUCGUGAUAGAUAGUACGAAGUAUUUACAGUAAGUGCUCGUACUGGUAUUACUUAUCAUUUUUACCGUGCACCCCGAACGAACGUACUACCCUACGGAAGUCUUACUCGUACUCGUAUUCGCACCGGUGCGGUGGUUCGUGAAAUUCGAAACAUGCCGCCACCUCCGAUCCACCCAACGCUCGCGCGCCAAAAAUUAGGUGCUUGGGAAUUGUGUUGUGACCGCUUCCAACGCAAAAGACAGUUCGUACGGGUACCGUACAGUUCGUUCUGUGUCAUACCGUACCCAAUGUUGCGUUGUACCGUACGGUACGGUACGUACAUACUUGUACAAUUAUUGUGAUGCCGCACCCGCCCCAACCUAUGGCCGCCGGGCAGACUCGUUGGGGGCACGCAUUCGGGAGCUACCAAAAGGACGGACCGGUACGUACCCGUACCGCACCGUACGAGUGCUCGUACGACACCGGACAUGUUUUGUAUCCCGCGAAGAAAUGUCACACAGAACGAAAGGGGUGGUGCGCACGGGGCGGGCCGAUUCUUGUUCCUUGUUCCCUGUACGUACCGCAGCGUACUCCCGGUAGAUAUUCCUGGAGCACGUGUAGCCGUUGGCUGUUCCGAGUGAGUCGUCCGUCGCGAUCGCAUCGCAUCCGACGGGUGGGUUUGCUUGGGGAAGGACCCGAAAAAAGUCCGGAAUCCGUGCAUUCGAAUUUUUGGUGUCGGUCUUUGGCCUUUUCGCUGCUUGUCGUACCGUACCGUACGGGAUGCACUGUACGCAUCGUGCUCGUACGUACGGCAGUACCCCAUCCUUCACGACUGUAUCGCAAUACUCUUAUUGUAUGUAUAUCUUGCACAUCACACGUGCACUCGAUGCCCCCGUGCCUCGGUUCCUACCCCUCCCGGCAACAACAGCAACCCAUCCCGACGGUGGCAAAAAGGGACAACGCACUGCACUCACACAAAAGGCGAGAGGCCCCGAAACGACGAGGCAGACCCGAGAGCGUACACAGACACGCACAAAGGAAAGAAAKAAAGACAGGACAGGACAGAACCAGGAAAUUUUGGAUCAAGCCAAGUCAAGUAUUUCACUGUAUUGCAUUGGUCGAACCAUGCUUCACCCAUUGCACAGCGGGAAGCGAAAGAGGAUGCGGGGGCCACCGCCCCUUCCUCGGCUCGGCAAGAGAAUGGCAAAGGCACUCACCCUUUUGGCGGUGGUGCUCCUGGCCGAGGGUUCCUUUGCUUCCAAUUCGAAACUGGUCAUCGAUGCCUCUGCCUCGGCGCUGGAGAUGGACCUGCCCUACCACCGAGACGCGGGCAUCGACGAUCGCAUGGAGGACUCCCUAUUGACUCUGACGCCCGAGGGGGUCGAAACAGAAACAGAAACAGAAACGAUGGCGAUGGCCGACCACGAAGACCAAGACGAAGACAAGGACAUCUAUGAUGACGAUGACAAGGACAAGGACAAGGACAAGGACAGCAACGAACUCGAGCACUGGGUGUACGACGCAGACGCACCGGACGUUCACGACGUCGUCCUCUUGUGGCUGAGCAACCGGGCGCACCACGCGGAAGAGAAGAACUACGUCGAGGCCUGGAGGAAGCACAUCGACGAGGACCCGGGGGACUUUAAGCUGCGGGCAAAGCUCGACGACUACCGCUUCCAAAACGGAUACUAUUUUUCCCACCGGUAUCUGAGGCUCGACAAGGCGUCCGGCAGCAGCAACAACACCACCAAUAGCAGCAGCAACAACACCACCGACAAUGCACACAGCACGGCCCCCCGCCUCGUGGCCAAGCAAAGCAUCCCGGAGGGGGAGCUCCUGGUCAGCGUCCCCUCGAACGCCUUUUUGUUCAAGCGCAAGAAGCCGGCCUUUCGCCAGCUCCAUCCGUGCGACGUGGCCGCCAAGGUCCUGGACCCGAGGACCUACGCCUAUCCCGAGAGCGAGGAAAAGGACCGGCCCGGGGUCCGGCCGUCGCUGGAAAAGUUUGUCCGUCCCUUUGUCGAUUCCAUCCUCGCGCUCCAAGACGGAAAACAGCCGGAGGACGGGCAGGGGCAAAGGCAAAGGCAAACGCAAAAACACGGCCCCCGGUGGUCGACCGAGCAGCUCAACGUCCUUUCUUCCGUCCUGGGCAACGAGCUGGAACCCAAGCCAAACACCCUGGGGCUGUGGGGACCCGACAGCAGCGGGUCCGAAGAACAAGUCUGCGCGGACCCGGCCUCGCCCGGCAAUGGCAAGGGCCCGGAUCCCGUCUUUUCGUACCCGGACCCGACCACCUUUCGGUCCACGCUGGAAACCGUCCUGGAACGGGGCUGGAACGGCCGGAUGGUCCCGAUCUACCACUGGAUCCCCCGGGCGUCGGACCCGGAAACCUUCAACGUCGUCCACUCGGAGGUCCUGGUGGACGACGAGGCCUACACGAAGCGCACGGUCCGGAGGAGGAAGGAGGAAUCCGACGAAUACGACACGGACUACGACGCGAGGGCCUACCAGCUGCGUGCCUCCCGGACCAUCCGUGCCGGGGAGGCCAUCGUGCUGCCCUUUCACUCGGUGGCCCAGCGCUUUGCGACGACCGGGCAAGUGCACGUGGCCGGGGAAGGAACAAGCGAUAGCAAAACCGAACGCAGGGACGAAACCGACCGGGGCGCCGACGCCUCCUACCGGUUCUGGGCCCAGACCAUGCACGACCAGGAGGGACACGAUCUGGUCUACGUCGAGCUCCAGGACUCGCUGGAUCCCUACGAGGACCACCUGGUGUGGGACUACUAUCCCUCCACCCAGCGCAUCGAGUGGGUGCACAAGUCCUGGGGGGCGAACCGGACGCUCCUCGGCGAGGACGACGAAACCGAGGACGGCGACAACGACAAGGACAACGACAACGGAGCCAAUCCAAGGGACUCGGGGGAGGCGCUCCGGUUCACCCAGAGGGCCGUGCUCCAGGCCCAGUACCUGAGGCUGCGGGGGCUGGAAGCCGAGCUCAAGGCCGCUCUGCUCGGCGACGAAGGCAAAAACCGCACGGCUUUUGCCACCGGAGAGGCUUCCGGCAAUGCCGAAAUUUACGAGUACUACGAGCUGUGGAUGGAAUCCCUCGGGGUAUUGUUGUCGCACUCCCGACCGGCCCGGUCCGCCGGUGCCCCGACCGCUGCCCCUGCCGCGGGGGCCGCCGGUGCCUGCCCGGACGCCGACGGCAGCAACGGCAGCGAACCGUCGUGCCCUUCCGAGCGGGCCGGUGCCUCCAAGGGCCGCAGCGCCUACGACGACCUGGGGGUGCGGGCCGACGACCCGAUCGAUUACAACGGUGCCAUCGCGUCCCACGAGUGCACCAACCUCUUUGCCCAGUACACCUACGAAACCUCCAAGACCUUCUACGCGGAGCUCGAGUGGACCCGGUCCUACAUCGGGGGCGGGUCCAUCCGGGGGAGGCACCACCAAGAACAUCGGGACCAAGAACAAGAACCGCCAAAGCGGGAACAGGACACCUGCCUCCACCUCAACAACGUCCUGCAUUCCUGCCUGGCCUUUCGGCCACACGUGCACGAAAUCCUCAUCCACUAUCCCGCCAGUUUCCUGCCCAGGGACGGAUUGAAACGGGUCCUGUACGUGGGAGGAGGAGACCUGGUGUUGCUCCACGAGCUCUUGCGGUACGAUUCGAUCGAACUGGUCAUUGGUGAGUAUUGUGUCAUCGCAUUUAUCCUCGUGUGUGUUGGUGUGUGUUUGCCCUCGAUCGGGUGUUGUGUUGUGCGUUCGUCCAACGACCAAGAGGACUUUUGGUCCGGCACCCGUCCCUUUUUUGCGCGCGUUUUCUAACGAACCAAUCGCAAAAUGCCUCGGUUUCUUCUGCUGGUGUCGUUGCACACAUCGCCCAUGUUCUCCCCAACAAAACAGGAAUGGAACUCGACCAGAUGGUGCUCCGCGAUUCCUUCCGACACUAUGGAAUCCAGCCAAAAUUCGAGGACGAACGGGUGCACUGGUGGUUUGGCGAUGCCGCAAAAAGUCUCUCGCUGCUGCCGCCGGAAGAAUUCUUUGGAACCUUCGAUCUGGUUCUCAUCGAUCUCGUGGUGGAGAUUUUCGAUGCCCUCCGCGUCGGGGACCAAAACGAACGGCUGGUGGAUUACAUGGCAAAGUUGUUAAAACCCGAGGGGAUUCUGGUCCGCCAGGAAGAUUAUCCCCACCACAGCGUCGUCGACUUUGCGAGAUACACGGUGGAUCUGAACGUCUUUGGCAUGCCGCACACCUGUUCCCAGUAUUUCACAAUGGCCAGCGACACGAUCGAUUUCGCCAACCACCAGCGCGUAGACCACGGACUCGAGGGACUGGUGUGGUACGAACCGAACGUUGGAAGCAACGACCACUUUUCCAUGUGGGGAAACUAUCGGAACAACCUUGUUCCACCCGACAGGAUCUGUGACCAAACCGUCAACACCGACCCCGUCCACGUGCUCCCCAGCAAGGGAAUUUUUGUGGCCAUCGAGGCCGAGAACGUCACGCUGGCGCUCGAUGAUGCUUCCCUGGUGCAAACCACUGCCAAAAAGGCCCUGGAGGAAAUCGGGUUUACCGGCAUUCGAAUCCAUUCCAUCUCCACCGGUUCCUCCUCCUCGUCGUUGACGAGUUCCAUGGUGCUUUCCUUCGAGGAAGGGUAUUUAGGACUCCGAUCGUAUCCGGCAAACAGGUAUUGUUCGAUGGAUCUGCAGCUGUGGAACGACAUCUCGAACCACAAACUUGCCGUAUCCAAGCUGGUCGAGGCUGUUGGGGGUACCACUACAGGUGAUUCAACGUCUUCCUUUCUCAUCACUACCGGAGGAAUGCUCGGAUUGUCCAACUUUCAACAGCCGCAAGACAGGAUUGUUCCUUCGUCGUGGUGCGACGGUGAUGGCCUUUCGGAAAGCAGUUCCAAAUCAUCCGAGGGGAACGAAAUGGAUGGCAUCGAAACCGUGAUACAAAACAUUCUGGCAAGGAUUACGGGGAAGAAAGGUUCGGUAGUGUUCUUGCUGUGUCCCAACAAAUCUUCUCGAUGCCGGGUCCGCGAGGAUGUCGACUAUGGCAGUGCGGAAGUGGUUUCGUUCGAAGCCUGCCCUGCUACGACGGAACCCAACGAUGCCAGUCUCUCGGAGUGCGAGGAACAAAUGGUGCAACGCAUCCAGGACUCGUUCUUGUCGAGAAACAGCCAGAACAAAAUCGAAGCCAUCGUGAUGGAUCCCAGAGCUCCCCGCGAGCUGGGACAGAUAACGAAGAAGGUAUUCGUAACGGAUCCCAGAAGCUAUCGAUGGCUAUCGCACGACUAUGUCGUGUUGGCACCAUCCACCGUUGAGAGUCGACUGGAGGAUUUCUGGUCUUCGUGGAAGUAUCAGCUUCUCGAGCGCUUUCGCACCGAUCACGUCGAGUUCAAUCCGUUGUACCACGCCACGGCUGCCUUCCGCGACCCUUCUUCGUCGGACGUAUGGACCAUGGGUGUCCUGUCUGCAGGAAACCCACGGUUUUACGACCAACUUGUCUCAUCCUUUCAAGCGAUUCGUGGAGAAAUCUCUCGAGAAGUCCUCCUCGUAGAGACGAAAACAGGAGCAAUCUCCCAUAUUCCUGAUUACCAACCCAGCAAGUGGGCAACCCCUUCCGACUACGACUUGGAACCUGCAGAACUUCAAUGGUCUGACCAACGGCCACUGGGAGGGCAGGCCAUGUUGCAAUACGAGGGCGUGCCACAGGUUCCCGAUGACAACAUCGAUCCUGGCACAACGGUUCUUUUCCAUCGCAUCGAGGAUCAUGACUGGUGUGUGGGCAAAGUGGUUGAAAUGGUAGAUGAGGGAUAUGUGGUAUCGAACGGCGUUGAUUAUCCCGAGGUUGUGGAACGAAAGGAUGUGCUCGUAUACGACAAAGAAGCACUAUUGGCAGGCGAGACAAUACCUUUUGGUAGCUUUGUUGUGGCCGAUGGCGAGGAGCAUCUUGACCUUGAGCUCUUUUACGAGGGUCAAAUCAAUGGCGUCCACCACGACGGGCGAUACAAAGUUUAUUUUCUAAGCGACGGAACCUCUGCCUUGCUCGAUCCCUCAAGAGUGGUCCUAAAACCAACUCCGUCCUUUUCUUCUCCUGCCGAAGCAAAGCUUUUUUCUUCGUGCUCGGAGUUUUUCGACUUCGUGUUUGGAAGUCAACAAUCCGACUUUUCUGUCUUUCCAGAAGGAAGUGGUCCCAAUCCAGAGAUUUAUCGGCGAAGCGUCGGCAAUGGUUGUCUCGUCGUGGUGUCGCAGGAUCACGAGGACGGCAGUGGUGCCCCUACUACGAUCGUUGCUACCUACGACGGCCAAAUACACGUCACUUUCAACGUCUUCCAAUCGAUGGAAGAGGUCGGUUCUGGACAAUUACUAAACCAUAUAGCAAACUUGAACAUUCCGGGGAUGGAAUUGAAACAAAACGAUUCUCAUCCUCGGGGAUACGGGCGCGUUGUCAAUUUUAGGGAAGACAUGGAUAAAGCCUAUUUCGGAACCGAAUACCCGGUGGCAUUGUUGUUGGAUGACGACGAUGAUGAAGAGGAAGAUGAAGAUGAGUAUUAAAGCUACGCCUUGUUCCAUCAAGGGGAUCCAAUUUAUUUAAAACAUAUAAUAGACUGUUGUCAAUUUU